AACAGAAAUUAGAAAGUGUGAAAGAAAAGAAAAUAGAAAAAGGGACAGAAGCCAAAGAAGAACAGAGUGUCAUUAAUAUUCAGCUCUGACUACUUUUUCUCUUUCAUCCAUUCAGAACAGACCCUCUUCUCCAAAUUCAUGUUAUGAAGUUUGUUGUGUUUGUGGUAAGAACAUAAGAGAAAACAAAUUUGUCAUAGGUUUUUUGUUGUUCUGUGAUGAUGGCACAAAACAACUUAACAGGACAGCUUGUUGGUUCAGAGAUACAUGGAUUCCACACCUUGAGAGACCUGGAUGUCGGCGAAACCCUGGAGGAAGCAAAAAGCAGAUGGCUUCGUCCGAAUGAGAUUCACGCCAUACUCAGCAAUCACAAAUAUUUUACUAUCCAUGUCAAGCCAUUGAAUUUGCCCAAAAGUGGUACUGUUGUACUAUUUGACCGCAAGAUGCUUAGGAACUUCCGAAAAGAUGGGCACAACUGGAAAAAGAAAAAUGAUGGGAAAACUGUUAAAGAAGCUCAUGAGCACUUAAAAGUUGGUAAUGAAGAGAGAAUCCACGUAUAUUAUGCUCACGGCCAAGAUAACCCAGGCUUUGUUCGGAGAUGUUAUUGGUUGCUUGAUAAGAGUCUGGAGCACAUAGUCCUGGUUCAUUAUCGUGAAACACAAGAGUCUCAAAGUUCUCCCGUUACACCGUUAAAUUCAAAUUCGAGUCCUAUUUCUGAUCCAACUACACCAUGGAUUCUAUCAGAAGACUUAGAUUCUGGAACCAGCAGUGGUUAUACGAAUGGUCUUAAUGGAAAUUUAACAGUCAGAAGUCAUGAACAGAAGCUUCAUGAGCUUAAUACACUUGAUUGGGAUGAACUAGUGGCUUCUAAUGCUAAUACCCCUACUAUAAAAAAUGGAGGAAACGAACCGCGUUACUAUCAACUAAAUCAAAGCUUACCGAAUGGCAGCUUUGACAAUGUUGCUGGUAAUCCUUCCUCAGAAAUUCCUUCGUAUGGUAUUCUAACUCCGCCAGAGUCCGGGAGCAGUAAUGUUUCUUACUGUUUCCCAGAAAGUGUUAACGAUCAAAAGAAUCAUUCUAUGAAUUUUGGUGGUGUUGAUUCCGUUGACACUUUAGUCAAUGAAGGUUUGCAAAGUCAGAAUAGCUUUGGAACGUGGAUGAACAAUGCCAUAUCUUACACACCAUGUUCUGUAGAGGCGUCAACUCUUGAAUCGUCAAUGCCUUCGUCUGUUACUGAUCCAUUUUCAUCAGUGGUGAUGGAUAAUCAACAAUCUUCUCUUCCGGAACAAGUAUUUCAUAUUACUGAGGUGGCCCCUUCAUGGGUUUCUUCCACUGAGAAAACAAAGGUCCUGGUAACUGGAUAUUUUCUCUUUGAUUAUCAAUACCUUGCAAAGUCCAAUAUAAUGUGUGUCUGUGGCGAAACAAGUGUUCCUGUAGAAAUUGUUCAGGUUGGAGUUUACCGAUGUUGGGUAUUGCCGCAUUCUCCUGGAUUCGUGAAUCUCUAUUUGAGCUUCGAUGGCCAUAAGCCUAUUAGCCAAGUUGUUAAUUUUGAAUAUCGCACUCCUAUUUUGCACGAUCCUGCUGCUUCAAUGGAGGAGACAUACAACUGGGUUGAAUUUCGUCUUCAAAUGAGGCUUUCUCAUUUGCUUUUUACAACACCGAAGACCCUUGAUGUUUUCUCUAGUGAAGUAUCACCUACUUCACUGAAAGAGACUAAAAAAUUCGCCUCCAAAACAUUAUUUCUUUCCAAAAGUUUUCUACACUUCAUGAAGUCGUCUGACGCAAACGCACCUCCCUUUCCGCAAGCGAAAAAUACCUUGUUCGAAAUUGCGUUGAAAAACAAACUCAGGGAAUGGCUUUUGGAACGUAUUGUUUUAGGAUGUAAGACUACUGAGUAUGAUCCACAAGGCCAAAGUGUAAUUCAUUUGUGUGCAAUGUUGGGAUAUACAUGGGCUAUUACUUUGUUUUCGUGGUCAGGCUUGUCUCUGGAUUUCCGCGACAAAUUUGGAUGGACGGCUCUUCAUUGGGCAGCAUAUAAUGGAAUGGAGAAAAUGGUUGCUACGCUGUUGUCUAGUGGAGCAAAGCCCAAUUUGGUGACAGAUCCAACUCCCGAAAACCCUGGUGGCUGUACUGCGGCUGAUCUUGCUUAUAUGAAAGGAUAUGACGGUUUAGCCGCUUAUCUUUCAGAAAAGAGUCUGGUUGAGCAGUUCAAUGACAUGAGCUUAGCUGGAAAUAUCAGUGGUUCACUCCAAACCACUACAACUGAUCCAGUAAAUGCUGAGAACCUUACAGAGGACCAAGUGUACUUAAAGGAUACAUUGGCAGCUUACCGGACAACAGCCGAGGCAGCAGCACGCAUACAAGCAGCAUUUAGGGAGCACUCAUUAAAAUUGCGAUAUCAGUCGGUUCAAUUUAUCAGUCCAGAGGAGGAAGCACGCCAGAUAGUAGCAGCAAUGAAAAUUCAACAUGCCUUUCGCAACUUUGAGACAAGAAAAGCGAUGGCAGCCGCUGCUCGGAUCCAGUACAGGUUCCGCUCAUGGAAGUUGCGUAGAGAGUUUCUCCACAUGCGACGUCAGGCUAUUCGAAUUCAAGCUGCAUUUAGAGGCUUUCAAGUGCGUAGGCAAUAUCGUAAGAUUCUAUGGUCUGUUGGAAUUCUUGAGAAAGUAAUCCUGCGUUGGCUUUUAAAGAGAAAAGGUUUCCGUGGGCUUGAGGUGAAUCCGGAUGAAGACAUGAAAGAUGAGAAGCAGGAAAGCGAUGUAGAGGAGGACUUCUUUAAGACUGGUAGGAAACAAGCGGAAGAACGUGUUGAGAGAUCUGUGGUACGCGUACAAGCCAUGUUCCGUUCUAAGAAAGCACAGCAAGAGUAUAGCAGGAUGAAGAUGGCACAUAGUCAAGCACAGUUGGAACUUGAAUUAGAAGAACUCAUCAAUUCUGAUGUGGACAUGUUAACAACAAAGACAUCAUAAGUUCCUAUGAAAGGUUUAUGUUUUUGGGAUGCAUCCAAUUCCUUUAGAAUUGUGCAAUGUAACAAACUAGUGUUUUUUUUUUUUUUUUUUUUGUAUAGCAUGUAGAUCUUGUAAAUUCCGUAGUGUGCAAAUUGAGCUAAUGACCCUUUCAAGUUGGUUUAAUAUCUUGAAAUGGGUCAUUUUGAAGCUUUCAUGCUUAAUUAAGAUGUUUGGUGGAUGUUUCUGGUGCAAGAUGAAACAUGUAACUUAAAUGAUAAGGCCUUCUUUGAUGUGAUUAUUAGACAUAAUUGUUGUAGAAUCUUUUAUGUAAUGAUAAAGUUGACACUAUAAUGAGUGAUUAAUAUCUCUCCACAAAA